UCAAAUCCACGACUCGGAUCGGUUCCACGUGUCCAUCCGCACGUUUGACGAAAAUUUUCUGUCCCUUUUAAGGUAUCUUUAGCAUUAUCCCUCUUUCUUCCAAGAAUAAGGCGUCGUGGCGGUUAAGUUUCGGAGCAUAUUUUUUUAGAGAGAGAAAGAAGAGUGAAACAGAGAGAGAGGUGAGGAGAAAUGGCGGACGCUCAGCGUGGACCAAAAGAGGAUGUCGUGUCGGUGGAGCUCCCUGCGCCUGAUUCGUGGAAAAAAUUGUACUUGCCAAAAAAAGGAGGUACUCCAAAGAAGAAUGAGAUCAUAUUCAUCGCUCCCACUGGGGAGGAGAUUGGCAACCGCAAACAGCUGGAGCAGUACCUAAAAGCUCACCCCGGAAGUCCUGCACUAUUAGAAUUUGAUUGGGGCACUGGUGAAACUCCAAGAAGAUCAGCUAGGAUCAGUGAGAAGGUCAAGACAACACCUCUAUCCAAAGAGAUUGAACCACCAAAGAAGCGAGGUAGAAGAUCAUCCGCUAAGAAAGACAAAGAAAUGGAGACAGGAAAAGAAGAAACUGAGGGUGUGAAAACAACUGAAAUGCAAGAUACAGGUAUUGGUGAGAAGAAAGAUGAAGAGAAGGGAACUGAGGUCACGAAUGAAGGCAAACUGGAGGAAGAUGUAGCAGCUAAGGGAAGUGAACCUGAGACCAAAUUUGAGGAGAAGGGUCCACAGGAAAACAUCACGGCUGACGUUGAUAUGCAGACUGACAGUGAAGGGAAGGAUAGCAAAACUGACGCAGGUGAGAAUCAUGGUCAGACAAACACUUCAGUUGUGGAAGAAAAAGUUGAAGACAAACAGGUGUCUGGGACUAUAGAGGAACCAGAGUCUGAAUCUGCUAAACUUGAAAUUGAAAACGAUGACACCAAACAAGAUAAGCCAGAUGAUCGCAAUGGGCAAGCUGCUGAUGGAGCUGAGACUGGGAUGGCCGAUGGGGUGGCGCAUGAAUCUGCAGGAGAAGCAAAUGGAUUCCAGGAAAAUGGCAGUAAAACUAAUAAUAUGCAAGCGCAGGAGCAAGAUAAGAGUUUGCAAGGGGACUCUGUAGACAACGGCAAGGUGAACCAAGCGCCACAUCAUCCUUCUCCAACUCCCAUUAGUUGCUGAAUGAUGUACCUACAGUCUGUUAAUUUAGCGCUAUUGAAACUAAACUCCUUGUACUUUUCAUUUUGACAAUCUCUGAACUUAGAUGACUGUAAUCUUAUUGAUAAGUAGAAUAUGGUUAGAUUUGUUUCUAGAUAGGGAAGUUGGCCAUGGAUUAUUUCUGACUUUUGUAGCUUGUCUUAGGACGAACUGUGGAUGUACUGUAAUAUUAUGUUGUGCCGUGUUUCUCGACAAGGAUUAA